AUUUAUACCGGAAAUAACCUCAGAGCCUCCUUUUCAACUAAAGACAUUUCCGGUAGACAUCAUUAAGGACGUCCGUAUUUGCAAAAAUGGCAUCAGAUACGGAAGGAGAUGAUGUACCAUCUGCAGCAGCAGGAGGAUCCAUGGACAUCUACACUGCCCUGCAGGAGGUUCUCAAAACUGCACUUAUCCAUGAUGGUCUGUCCAGAGGUCUUCACGAGUGUGCCAAAGCCUUGGACAAACGUCAGGCUCAUAUGUGCGUUUUAGCCAACAACUGUGAUGAAGCGACGUACGUCAAACUCGUGGAAGCCCUUUGUGCAGAACAUGGAAUUAACCUCAUGAAGGUUGAUGAUAACAAGAAACUUGGAGAGUGGGCUGGGCUCUGCAAGAUCGACAAGGAAGGAAAAGCCAGAAAGGUGGUUGGCUGCAGCUGUGUUGUAGUCACGGAUUAUGGAAAAGAAUCCCAGGCCCUAGAUGUGAUGACAGAAUACUUCAAGUCAAAGAGUAAAUAAACUAAGCAACAAACAAUUCAUCAGAAAAGUGAAUAAAAGUGCAGUUUUGAGAAGAAAGA